AAUGGGGAAAGUAGUGAAAAAGUAAAUUAAAUUAGAACAUUUUGAAGGGCAAUUAUUUAUCAUAGUUCUGUCAUAUUUAAUUCCAUGUAUUUAAACUUGAACAUGGCUCUUAUUUUGAAGUUAGUGUCGUGCGUGCUGUCUUCAACCAGAGAUACAUAAAGGCCUUUAAAAAAAAUCUAUGGUCUUGACUGUGUCCCUGCACCUUUAAGACAAACGCUGACUUACAUAUUCGCUUGUGAUUGGCUGACUGACUUCCGUUAGUUUUCCGGGGAAAGGGGGCGUGGGCAAGCAUGGCGGCGGAGCCGUGGAACAGGGUAAACAUCGCGUUUCCCGGCGCCGUAUCCUGUGUGCGGAUACAUUUUUCCUCCUCUACAGGUGAACGGGUCAGAGGGCUGGUGGCGGCAAAUGAGAUGGUGCUUAAGCUUUGUCGGAGUGACAUCCUUCAAACGGAAGUACGAGUCCUCUACAAGUUACUGUACGUCCUGAACAACAGCGCCAGAGGCAACAAGACGUUCAAAGGCCUGAAGCAGGUGGAGCAAUGCAUAAACAGGCUGAAUAGAAUGAAGCUUGUUGAUGCUCUCCAGGAGCUGAAGGGCCAGUGUCCCAACAGGAUUCAAAGACAACUAAGCAUCAAUGCCGGGGUGUGUGAUGUCCCCAGUCAGCCCAUGCUGGAGUGGCUCUGCCUCAAAGUGCUGGGAGCCGGCCAGCUGAUUAGCUGCACUCUGAACCGCUGCAGCAGAGCUUUCACACUCUCGAGGCAGCAUCUGAAAUUGGAGGAGUUUAUUGUCUUGAACAUGGUGAUAAGCAGCAUGCUCAGUCGUCUCUGGGUGGUUUUCCGCGGCAUUCUGGUCAGCCUGUCCACUCUGUAUCAGCAGCUCCUGCAGCUCCUCGGAGAAGUAGCCGAGGCCCAUCCCAUGCCCUUCCUCAGAGACUUCUCCCUUCCGGCCGAUAUGGCGCAGUUCCUGGGUCCCGCUGAUGCAUGUUUGCUCAUCAUAAAGACGCCACAUGGUCACUGUGCUAAAACCCUCCAGGAGCGGCAGCGGAGUGAGAAACCUCUGGCGAACGUAAACAACCGGAGAAAGACGAGGAAGGAAGAUUUGGGUGUCGCUAUUGAAAGAGGUAUCAGUCUUGAAUCUGACAUGAAGCCCUUUCUCAAAGUUGUCAGGGGCCUUACUGUGGGCAAAUCCAUCGCACAGAAAACACGGAAGGAUGACAAGAAACAAACGUUCAAGAAACAAGUGAAAGAGGCAACUACUUUCACAGGCAUGGUGACCCAUCUAGAAGAAAUGAUCCCAUGGUGUAAAUCUCAGAAGAUGGGGAAGGAAAAACGACUUUUGACCUUCCUGCUUUUAAGGUGCCGGAGGAUGAAAUGCCUCGAGGCUGCAGGUUUCAACGUCCAGAGGAAGUUGCGGGCCUUCAGACAGAAAGCCUGCUGGGCUUCAUCUCCACACAGGUCAGAGCCAAGAGCCGGUCGGCCUUCUGCUGGAAUGAGGGGACGUGCUCGGCUGAGAACUCGUUUCCAGUCCCUCAGGAGUCGAUUCGAGUCUUCAAAGCGAAGGACUGGCGUGAGACAUAAACGGACGAGGGGACAAAGGAAGACGCCCGAGUUAUCUGCCUCGGGACCGUCAUGGGACGACCGAACAAACGGGAGUAAAUGCCUGGUGACGCCUCCGACCCCCGGCUGGGACAGCCACGAUGACAUAGAUGAUAUAUUUGCCACCUUGGGUUUGUGACACUCUGGAAUCGGCCCAUGAAAGGACGGAAAUCACAUGGCGUAUAUUGUGACGCGUGCCUUGUUUUGAAAGGAAAGGUGAUGAUGAUGAUUGGUUGUAUGACGUGCUAAACUGCCGCAGUCACUUUAUUGCAGAAGUGAACUAGAAGUGUGUAUUUUAUUUUAUGAAUAUCCAAAAGGGUAGAUUUUGCUUGUGUUUGCUAUGGGCCUGAAUAAUAACAUUUAAACAUAAUAAAUGAAGCCUCCGAGCAGACAAACAUCUCCUACUCGUCUCAAGCUAAACUGAAGUAACGCGCGUGUCUCAGACCUUCACAGCGGUCAUAUAAAUUGAAAUGUUUUCAAGCAUAUCUGCUGCUAUGUCAAGUAACACCCAUCAAAGACACGCCUGAAUUCAUGGUCUGUAAAUUCACAUCUGUAUGAGAGUGGAUUCGCCAUAUUUUUUCACUGCAAGAGUUAUAAUAAACAUUUAUGCAAUAUCAA